AUGAUUUCCCUGCCCUGGAUUGAAGCACAUGCCCUCCAUGUCUUUGUCCAGGUCAAGGGCCAGGACGGUGCAUUCGUGUCGGUUCCGUUUUCCCCGCGCAGUGAGCGUGGGCAGCUCCCAAAAUUGGUGCAUUCGCAGGAGAAUUCCACGUACAAGGAGAAUUUCAAGUCCUUGGAAAAGCUGGUGCUGGUGAUGGCUGAAGACGACACCAUGGCAAGUCUGGCAGCAGUUGUCAGCAUGUGGCAGAAGUCGAGGGUUGUUUGUUUGCACGUGAAGUGCCAGGUCCAUCCGAAAGAAAGUGAGCACUUCGGCUACUUCAAGGAUGGCUCGCGUGAGACCUUGGUGGACAUGCGCGACGCACCGUGGUAUACUGACGAUUGGUUUGGUCUCAAGAGCUUGGACCAGGACAAGAAGAUUGACUUCUUCUCGACACCAGGCAACCACCUGCGCUUCAAGACUGACUUCUUGGUUACUAUGGUCAAAAAGUACUUCGUGACUUCCAGCGACACGUCCAUCCUGGUUUAA